AUGCGCCGCACCAGAUCGUCCAUCCUUCUCUUCAUAUACAAAACCUCGCUUGUACUUGGUCAAAUCGAUAACCGCGUCUGCUACGAUACAUCCAACAACAUCGCCAAAGGCCACCGCCCCUGCAUUUCCCCAACCACGCAAGAGAUCUCGCACUGCUGCUCCACAACCGAUACAUGCAUUGGCGACACGCUAUGCCUCAGCCAAUUCGCGACCCUCUACGUUGGCAGCUGCACCAUCAAAGACUGGAAGUACGGCGCCAAUGGGAAGGGUAUCUGUCCGAAAUAUUGCAAUGGCGAGGGCUACGACAUAGCAGUGUGUAAACUGUACGACGGAUGGGAAUUUUGCUGCGGCGUGUUGGAUGGUGGCGCCGAGAAUUGCUGUAGAAACACUAGAUUUCUGAUUGCGGGGAAUGUGACGAGCGAUUAUAUCAUUCAGAGGCCGUGGGAGCUCAAUCAGACAACGCCUGCUGAUACAUCGCCUUCUUCCUCGCUUUGCCCUGCUGUUCCUGAGAGCAACAAUAAGAAGAUCAACUAUAAGACAGAUAUGUCGAAAAUCGGCAUCGCCGCUGGACUUGGUGUACCUCUGCUUAUCGCGCUUGGCUUAUUGUUCUGGGAGAAUAGGAAGAGGCGGAUUGCGGAAGCGAGAUUGGUCGUGCCACCUCAAAGUCCAGUGGGUGGAGGACUUUUGCAGUACGGAACGCCUACCGAGGCUAAGCCUGGUGUACAAUUCCCAGCUGUGCAGAGCUAUGAAGUGGAUGGGCUGAAUCAUCGGAGAAAUGAGCUGUCUUCUGAACGGCCAAUGUAUGAGUUGGGACAUGAGGGAAGAGCUCAGACAUGA